UCAUGGUUUUUCAGACAGCCAGUUUUCAUCUGAGUGAGGUGUUUCCGUCUCAGCUCGUGUAUGGCGGCCAGCCAUGGCAGAGGGUGCUACUCGUAGCAGCACGGCCCCUCCUGACGAGGGAGAUGCUGGCACUCAAUUGACGUCGUCCCCCGCUAGUCAGGCUGAGGAGAGCGUGGAGACUGUGAAAGAAAAUGCAGCCAAGUCAAGAGAUGAGGACGAUGUUUCCACUCUGGCUGUGGAUUCUAGCCUUGAUGGCCGUUUCUUGAAGUUUCCAGUGGAGGUGGGACGUGGCUCCUUCAAAACCGUGUAUAAAGGACUAGACUCUGAGACUGGAGUGGCUGUUGCGUGGUGUGAACUAUUGCCAAGGCGCUACAGCAAGGCCGGUAUCACCCGCUUCAAGGAGGAGGCGCAGAUGCUGAAGAUGCUCCAGCAUCCCAACAUCCUCAAGUUCCAUGACUUCUUCGAGUCUGGUGACAAAAAGACCAGAACAGUGGUGUUAGUUACAGAGUUGAUGACAUCGGGGACGCUGAAAACGUAUUUGAAACGCUUCAAAGGUGAAGGUGUCAGGCCAAAAGUACUUCGUAGCUGGUGUCUGCAGAUCCUCAAGGGUCUGAACUUUCUCCACAGCCACACACCGCCGAUCAUUCAUCGCGACUUGAAGUGCGACAACAUCUUCAUCACUGGGACGACGGGCCUUGUCAAGAUAGGAGAUCUAGGCAUGGCAAUUCUGCGCCACAAGUCGCACGCGGAGAGUGUUAUUGGUACGCCCGAGUUCAUGGCCCCCGAGAUGUACGAGGAGCGCUAUGAUGAAUCCGUUGAUGUGUAUGCAUUUGGUAUGUGUGUGGUGGAAAUGGCUACGUUGGAGUAUCCCUACAUGGAGUGUCAGAACGCGGCGCAGAUCUACCGCAAAGUCACCUCGGGUGUCAUGCCCCUGUGUCUGUCUAAAGUUGAAAAUCCCUUGCUGCGCAAGAUCAUAUCUGUCUGCUUGAAAUCGGACAAGGCAGGACGGUCAUCGAUCAAGCAGCUACUGAACCACGAGUUCUUCAAGGAGGAGAACGCACUCUCCGUUAUUCACCUGAAGGCGGAGAAAAGUAGCGAGACGCCGUCAGUGUUGGAUAUGCGCAUGGAAGUCGUUGAUCCUCGUGAGAAGGAAGAGUCCACUCUUGUCGAGUUCAAAUUCAACCUAGCAUCUGACAGUCCAGAAGAAGUUGCCAAGGAUAUGAUUCACAACGGCGUUCUGCGCGAAGACCAUUUCAAGAUGGUAUCAAAGAGCAUUCGUCUAAAGAUCCGCGAGGUGAAGGAGGCAAGGGAGCUGGACGAGGACCGGUCUGGAGAAGCCAGUGCUGGUAUUCCUGCCACUCCAACACCGGAAAGCUCCAGCCAGGCUCCUCCCGUGUUCACUGCAUCGAGCACCGGCAGUGCAACAUCCACGCCGAACGGAGGAGCCGCACCGACCGACUCAGUACCAGCAGCGGGUGAAAUCCAGUUCCAGUGUGCUGUGGUAGUUGGAAACCAUUUUGAUGGUGCGCGUACCAAUUCUGAAGUGAAGGGUCACUUACCUGACAAGGAAGACACUGUGCCUGUGCUUGAACAUGCCCCUGUAACGGCUGCACCCGUCUUACCCGCAACCCCGUCUACUGUAGCUCCAUCGUCGGUGACUGUGCCGGCUGCAUCAGCUGCUGCGCUGCCAACAUCAAGUGUCGUCAAGACGCAGGCUUACCCCACCAGCGCUGCUGUGACCACAGAGCCGUCGGCGACCGUGCAGGUUGCUCCUGGCGUGCCAACGUCUGCCUCCAAUCAUGUGUCCGUUGCCAGCUCUACAUCGUCAACUACGCUGACAGAUGGGAACGGGGUGCAAGCAGCUGCGUUCAAGCCAACAUCUGGCUCCACCGCUCCUUCAAGCACAGUGAAACAGCCACUAAACUCGUCGGCUACAUCUAACAAUGCGAGUUCGUCUUCCGGGACUGGCAAACCUCGACAGAAAGGAACCAAGGCCAAGGUGGCCAAGGAUGUGCGUCCUCCUCGCCUAGCCUGGGAGCGUGUAGAAGACGGCAUUGUCUAUUGUAGCCUGGUCAAUCGCGGUCACACGGUCGAGUUUCACUUCAGUCUGGACGAUGACGUACCUGAAGAUGUGGCGCAUAGCAUGGUGACAAGCCAAUUCAUAGCACCCGGGUCUGAAACGAAACUCUCCAGCAUGCUGCAAGAUUUGGUGACGGAAGCGAUAGCUGUCCUCUCCGGUCAGCCAGAAGGCACGACCUGUGUGCAUCGUCCCCCGGAUUUGCCUGGUACUGGUGAGUCGUCGGUGGGAGAUGCUGACAGUCCAGCGCAGGUAUUGACCAUGGCGUCGGUGAACGCAAACGGCUCGGUUGCGGCUGGCGCCAGUGCUGGUAUGAUGACGACGGCGGCCGGCCAGCUGGCACCCAUCGUCACCGCCUCCCUGCUCAAUCAGCAGCUGUCGUCGGCCGUCACCGGCAUGGGCCCGGUGCACGCUCAGAGCUUUCUGCACAAUCGGGCAAUGCACAGUACAGCAGGCGACCUGAACUCGUUUGCCAAUGUCAAUGAUCGACUCAUGGCGGCAGCACAUCCCUUCGCCAAUGCUGGUAUGCCGCCGCUUGCCACAGAGACCUCGCUUUUCCAGCUGAACCACGACUCCACGUUCACCUUCUCGAUGGAGAUGCUCAACGUGCUCAUACACGACCCACAGUUUGUACUAAUGAGCAAUCGACAUCGGUCGGAGGUGAAGGAGCUAAAGGAUCGGCAUCGGUGUGAGGUAGAGCGGUACUUACAGUACCUCAAUCGGCGCUAUGAUGACGACACGAUAACGUCGCGUCCACGCUCAGCUACUGCCCCACCCGGGGCAUCUUUGCCUGCACAGCAGGCAGCCUUGUCUGCUCAACAGGCACCCGAGAGUCGAGCUUAUAUGAUGAGCAAUGGCUACGCUGCCAAUGGCAUGAUUGACUCCACUAGUAUGCAUCUAGCAGGCAAUAGCAACCAUACUAAUGCUAGUUCUAACGGAGGGCCUACUUCUGCGGUGGUCCUGCAUGCUGCAACCAACGGCCAUCCAAGAACUUCAUCUGACAGCAAGAUGACCGAGCAGACGUAUGCUGCCGCGGUGGCUGCAUCCACCACUACUGUCACUGCCACCGGUGUGCCCAGUCAGGCUCAGCUGCCAGCCCAGCAGCCUGGACAACAGCAGCAGCAAUCCCAGUCAUCUCAGCCGCAGAACUCUGUAACGUCACCCGACCAGGUCAGCACACUUACUCCUGCUCAGCAGCAGCUGCAGCAAGCUCAACUAUUGACACAAGCACAUGUCCAGCCUUACAUGGCCCAUGCCACAGCAGCUCAGCAAACAGCCAUACUUCAUGCGCAUGCGCUUGGGUACGCAGGUGGUAUUCCUCAACAGCUGCAUCACAUAGCACUGCAGCAACAGCAGCACCCACUAGCACCUGCAGCACAGCAGCACCCACUAGCACCUGCAGCACAGCAGCAGCAACCCUUUCAUAUGGCACCCGGAGUGCAGCCAGUGCAAAUGAUGCCAUUGCAAGGGAUGGCAUAUCAACCACAGCCCCAGCAGCAGCAGCAGCCACCCCAGACGCCACAAAGUCAACAGCAGCCCCAACAACAAGCAGCUGCUGGUACUCAGGUGGCAGUUGCUCCCGGACAGAACCCACAGGCAACUCAAGGUCAGAACCCACAGGCUGCUCCAGGCCAAGGUCCAAACUCUGUAGCUAUAGCUCAGCAGCAGCAACAGCAACAGUCUGCUUCAGCCGGUCCACAGCAGCAGCAACAACAGUCUGCUUCAGCCAGUCAGCAGCAGCAGCAACAACAGGAGAACUCGGUCCAAAUACUUCAGCAGCAGCCGCAAGCCUCCAGCCCGGCGCAGUUCCAGCAAGCUCCUGCUACUACUUCUACUGCAGGUGGUGGUUGUGCUACCGUUGCUGGUACUGCUCAUGUUGCUGCUACUGCUACUACUACUACUGUAGCUUCAUCUCAACAAUUACCGGUAAGUGCAGCGCAAUAGACCCUUGCUGGGUGCCUGUAAGGUGUAGAGCGAUGCAUAGACACGUCGAAUAACUUUACUCAGUGCUCCAGAUGCCAUCGAGCUUUGUGACCGGGAUCGCAUCAGCAUCCAUGCACACCUAUGUGUGCGCGUUUGCGUUUGUGUGCCACUGGGUGUGUGUGUGUGUGUGUGUGUGUGUGUGUGUGUGUGUGUGUGUGUGUGUGUGUGUGUGCGCGCGCGCGUGUGUGGCGAAUAGUCAAUGUACACCGGCGUUGAUGUGCUGCAUGUCCAGCAGCUGGUUUUUCUGAAGAUUGCAAUAGCUACAUUGUACACUCUUAGACUUUCUUAUGCUUCUUUACUUGUGAUCCUUGAAUAUGUCCUGAGACAUUGACCUUUGCAUGCAUAUUUCUAUUGGAUCUUCAUUCCAAUCUUGACACUAUAAUAUGAGAGUUUCUUUCUAUUGGCGUUGAGCCAGCAAAGACCAUUGCUCUUAUCAAGCCCUUUGCCCCUGCUUUCACAUGUUGACUACGAGAAAUACAUGCAAUCUAUGAGGACCGUUUUUAACCAUUACCUAUCCUUCUGAUGUCCUGCUGUCCUAGCGAUUUUGCAUGUUGUUUGCUGCUGCUGAGAGCUAUGCUAAAAUGGUGAGGCUCACCACACUCGAUCAGAUCAUCAUCUAAGUUAUUGUUGAGAAUGUCUGCAACUCAUACAGUGAUGCUGGCCACAAUCCAGACCUUGAUCAAGCGCUCAAACUACUCACAUAAGUAAUUUAUUCUUUAUCAUGUAAUUCAUAUUUCUCCCACCAUCAUGCACACUUCUUGCAGCCCUGGCAGCUGCACUUCUCUUCUCAUUCUUCCCCUGUCUGUUACGAAGCUCCUUGUCAUUCCACGUUCUUUGUGUCCAAACGAUAUUCCUCCAUGAUCUUUGGUGUCCCCAUUGCAGUGGUAUGUGUGGUUGUCUAAGCUGUGUUACGUUCUACUACCACCAUUUUUUAUAGUUCUAGUACUCGUACUUACUGACAUGAUGUCUUUGAGAGUGGCUGGGCCAACACUUCC